AUGCAGCCUCAUGAUACGCUGCACCCCAACAAUAUACAGUUCCAUCCUUCUUCCUUCCUUCUGAUAGGGAUUCCAAGGCUGGAAAAUGUGAACAUCUGGAUUGGCUCCCCCUUCUUUGCAGUGUAUCUAAUAACCCUCAUGGGAAAUGUCACCAUCCUGUUUGUGAUCCAGACUGAAUGCAGCCUCCACCAGCCUAUGUUUUACUUCCUGGCCAUGUUGGCCUGCACUGACCUUGGCCUGUCUACAGCCACCAUCCCCAAGAUGCUGGGUGUUUUCUGGUUCAAUCUCAGGGAGAUUGUGUUUGGUGCUUGCAACAAGAUGUACACAAUCCAUAUAUGCACUGGCCUGGAGUCUGCGGUGCUGACAGUCGUGGCCAUAGACCGAUACAUUGCCGUCUGCAACCUCCUGAGAUACAGCAUGAUACUACUCACCAAUAAGGUGAUAGCCAUCCUGGGCAUAGUCAUCAUGGUCCGGACUUUGGUGUGUGUGUCUCCUUUUAGAGUCCUUACCCUAAGCCUUCCUUUCUGUGAUGCCCAGAUCAUCCCCCACACCUAUGGUGAACCCCUGGGUUUGGCAAAGUUGGCUUGUGCCAGUAUUAAGGUCAGUGCUUUCUAUGGCUUGAUUGCUUUUUCCAUGGGAUAUAUUGACCUUUCUGUGAUUGGAUUUUCCUAUGUCCAAAUCCUCAGAGCAGUCUUCUACCUCCCGUCCUGGGAUGCCCGCCUCAAGGCACUCAGGACAUUUGGCUCCCAUGUCUGCUUAAUGUUGGCCUUCUACCUGCCAGCACUCUUCUCCUUCAUGACACACUGCUUUGGCCACAACAUCCCUCAUUAUAUCCCCAUACUUCUGGCCAAUCUAUAUGUGGUUUUUCCCCCUGCCCUUAACCCUGUAAUCUAUGGGGUCAGGACCAAACAGAUAAGAGAGCGGGCACUUAGGAUGCUUAACCCUAAAAGCUAUUGA